AUGAAUGUCACACAGGCGAACAGCCUGGCAAGCAGUAGCUCAGCGCACCCUAACCCCCCUUCCAGCCCUCCAAAGGGCACUCAGGAGUCAGCUUGGCAAGUGGCGGUGGCACAAUACCUCUCACGCCUGCCUGUGGAAUUGAGGACCGCUUUCAAAGCUCCUGCCGACGCUGACGAUUGCCUGACCAUACUACAGGCGGCCCAGGCACGGAAUCGGAAGUUCGACAGGCUUGUCUCGAUCCUGGAGCCACUGAUCGAGCCUCUGAAACGCUUUGAGAACAGCAUCGACGUGCUGGUUCAGACCUGGCAGACCGUGGCUAGCCCAAUAUGGGGCCCGAUUCGAGCCAUUGUGACCAUUGCGAACGGACGACUCGCCACUCUGAACACCAUCGUUGUUCUGCUCGAGCGGCUGGUAGAGCCAUUAAAGCGUUUCCACAACUACGAGACUCUCUUUGAACAGAAUGUCGCGCUUCGCCAUGCUAUUGGAGCUCUGUACUGCGAUCUCUUGGAGUUCUGCACCAGGCUCGCUGUUCACCACGCCAGGAGCCCAUUGAGGCAGACGUUUGGCUCCUUCGAUAAAGAUGUCACGGAGAUUUCGGACAAGAUCAGGCACCACUGGGCCGAAGUCGAUGUUGCCGCCAACAGUGCCAACAUGGUCGAAGCCAAGGAAGCACGGCAGAGGGAGGAGCGUCAGCGUGCCGAGGAUCUGCGACGAGAUGUGAACCGUUGGCUUGCACCUGCAAGUGUGGAGGAUGAUCUGGACCGCCUUUCCUCUACUUGCGCAGACGGCUCCUGUCAGUGGGUUUGGGACAGUCCGGAGAUGGAGUCACUCAGAAGGAGCGACAAGCCGGCGUCAUUGCGUAUUAAUGCCUUCCCUGGUGGUGGGAAGUCCGUGGCAAGUGCACAAGUCGUCAAGAUGCUUCAAGCCAGAGAAGACACCAACGUGCUUUACUUCUUCUGCCGCGGCACUGAUGCAGACAAGAGUUAUGCAACUUCUGUGGCACGCACGUUAGCAUGGCAGCUUCUACAGAUUGAGCAAGCCUUGUACGAGCCUCUUGCGCCAAUCUACAAUGCAUCAGGUCGACAGACGGCAGACUCCGAAGUCCUGUCCUUCAGACUUUUCGACACGGUCCUGAAGGAAACGCAAGAGACUGAGAUCUAUGUCGUUAUUGACGCUUUGGAUGAGUGCUACGAUGCAAGUAGGCUUGUCACGCUCCUGAUUGCGGCGCAAACCAGCAUUAAUGCACACCUUAAGCUCAUUUUCUCGAGCAGAAACGAUCCAGUCAUUACGGAUCUAAUCGACUUCUGCAACAACAGCCUGUCUUUGCAACGGAACACGGACCCUCUCCACGACUACAUCGCCGAUGGCAUUCGAAAGCUUGAAUUGCCUCUGUCUUCCGUGGAACGGGACGAAAUCCAGCGUACUAUUCGCUCGAGUUCCGAGGGUGGUUUGUGGCUAUUUGCCCGACUCAUGCUCGAAGAACUUCAGAAAGCUACGUCAAUGGACGAGGUGCGCGAACAGACACAAACGGUGCCCGAUGGUCUCGCCCAGCUCUAUACAUCGAUUUUCAAGCAGCGCGAGAAGCAGCUCAGUAAAGCCCACCUUCGAAUGUCUCAACAGCUGUUCCUCUGGCUUCGUACGGCAGAUUACAUUCCCCCGGACCAGUGGCGUGCGAGGGGAGAUCAUGGACUGGACGACGACGUGCUUCACAUCCUGUUUCAAUACGUGUCAAAAACAGAAUCAGAGAUUUUUGACCUUAUGAGUCUCAUUCAGCGCCUUGCAGCACCAUUGGUCACGACCAGGCUCUUGCACGAAGGUCAUAUCGUCCUCUUCAUCAACGGCAAGGCUGUCCAAAGCUCGGCAUUUGUGGCGGAAACUUUCCAUCAGACAGCAGACCAAUACCUGCUGUGGUGUGCCGAAGCGUCUUAUGCUAGUAUACCAAAGUGCCUGCAACCCCGGCGACUGGCUGUUUUGCAUCGUGGAGCUUGUGCGGCCUGGUACUUUAGCGAAAGUGCCCACUUCAAGCACACCCUUCACCAUCUCCAGGAACGGCCAAGGGCGGCAGUCGAUGAUUGUUACCUAGAGAUGACUUGUGCGCUCUGGCAGGUGCUCAGCAUGACCCGGCUGCCUCGAAGUCUCAUGGCCGAGGAGCUAGAAGACGUCGAAGAGCUCAGUGAGGCUGUCACGUCGUUUCUCGCAUUCGAUGGCUGUCUUGGGUUUGUGGAGGCAAACCUGAUUCUGCAUUACUCGGGACAGUCGUCGCUGCUGGUGGACAAUGUCCUCCCGCCAGAAGGGGCGAAGUCAACCCCUACUGGCUCCCGCAGCAGGUCUUCUCAUGUGUCAGAUCUGAUCAAGUGCUCUGAGUCCUUCAAGCUGGAUCUUCGCACCAGCCUGACGUCCUUCCCAACCACUUCUGCUAUUGCCUUGGGCAAUGAGCAGGCGGCUCUCUGCGAGUUUGCGAAAGGUUCGAGAGCACGGAAGAUUUACGACCUGGCUCGGAGAUAUCGUUACCUAUCUCUUUCUCCGGGUGCUUGUUCGGCGAAUGGCUUCUUGCUUUCAUCAAAGGCGCCAUGA